AUGGCUACCACUCUCACAUUAACAUGUCGCACGCCAUUUCCCCUCGUCGCGCGCGCCCUGGCCUGCCUCGUCGUGCGCCCUGCCCUCCCGUCGUGCGUCCUGACGUCCCGUCGCGCGCAAGCGCCCUGCCUCUGCCGUCGCCCGCGCGCCCUGUCCGUCAACGUCGCGCGCGCGCGGGCCUUGUCCGCCGCCGUCACGCGCGCACGGUCUGCCUGCCGCCGUCACUCUCCUCACCGCCCAUUCUCUCCUUUCCGCGGCCGCCCUUCCUUCCCCCCCUUUUCGCGGGCAUCUUCCUCUCCCUUCAUGGUGCGCCGAACCCCUCUUCCCCCCCCCCCCCCCCCCCCCCCCCCACCCCCUUCUCGUGCCUCCUUCGCACCACCUCCUCCCUCUCCGCUCAUCACAUCCCCCUCCUACACUCCUCCCCCUCUCUUCUCUCCUCCCUACCCUUCACCCUCCUCCUCUCCUCUCCCCCUUCAUUCCCCUCCCCAUCUCACUCUCUCCUCCGCCUCUCUCCUCUCAUCUAAUGCUGCAGCCGCUGCAACUGGUUGCCGGCCUUGCUUCGUAGCCAUGCUCCUUCCCCACUGUGUUCCUCCUCCUCUAUUUUCUCCCCUAAGCGGCGCAGCAACAGACUACUCCGCCGUUAUCCCUCCUCCUCUAUUUUCUCCCCUCAGCGGGGCAGCAGCAGACUACUCCGCCGUUAUCCCUCCUCUUAUUUCUCCCCCCAGCGGCGCAGCAGAAGACUACUCCACCAUUAUCUCUCCUCUUAUUUCUCCCCGCAACGGUGCAGCAGCAGACUACUCCGCCAUUAUCCCUCCUCUUAUUUCUCCCCUCAGCGGCUAA